AUGAGACCCUCAACAAGGCUUGAAGACAUUGACUUAGAACUGCUAAAUGCUCUGAAGAAAAAGGCUACAGUUUCUCAGGCUGCAGCAAUGUUGAAAAGCAGACUCAAGUUCAGGUUGACAUUUUCAACAAAGCUAGACAAUAUCCACGCGAUGAUAACAGCAUUGACUCAAAAAGCUGAUAACUUGAAAACAACAAGCGGACCCCAGGACUUCACUGAAGAGAAUGAGUUAAACAGACUCAAUGAACUUACAAGGCUCAUGGCACAAAAUUCGGAUCUUAAAGAAGAGAUAACUACCUUAAAAACUCAAAUCAAUCAACUGUCAUGA